CAGAUUUUCCUCGCUGCUGCUGCUGCUGCUGCUAGUGGGAUGCCCCAGCUCUGCCGACCGGGUGCUUUCUCGCAAAAGUACACCUAGCCGCAAAUCAGCCAGCCAGUCCCCAACGGACAACGUGACACCCCAUCUAGAGGGGAGCGCGAAGCCUCGUCUGAGUCCCCUACCCUGAAGCACGCAAACUCGGAGACCCCAGCCGUCUGUGAAGUGAUCUGGACAUCGAUUUGGCUGAGCGUCCAGACAGUCGCUCGACUCCGGCACGCCUCUACACGCCGUCAAGCGCCAACCGCUGCUGAGUACGCGCCGUCCACCUGCAGCUUCAACGAGCUUCCGCUGCCGCCAAUCGUCACCUCGAAGACUCACCUAUAAAGAGAAGCCCGGUGUACAACAGUGAGGCCACGCUGACCAUUUCGGCACGGCAAGCUCUUUACCGGAAGUCACGAAAAACCGGAAGCUGUUCCGGAUAAACGGCGCCACCGCUACUGACUUCGCUAAGAAGGCUGCUGUCGCUGGAGGGAGAAAUUGACAGGGGCGAUAGCCACAGCGAGGCAUCACACAAUCGAGCUUUGUUCCCCACUGCAGCGUCACGCUGCUGAAGCUUGCCUGUACGACGACAAUCGGUGGGCGCCAUGAACCUGAGCAGCGUGGCCGAGCUGAACCUGACGCUGUACUCCGGCGCUUUCAACUUCAGCCUGGGCCGGGCGCUGGACAUCCUGCAGCAGCACUACCGCAGCGACCGCGUCUUCUCCGGCUCCACCGAGGCCGGCAUCGUGGCCGCGUACGUGUUCCUCAUCACUUCGGGCGUCUUCUGCAACCUGCUCGUGUCCGGCGUGAUCCUGUCGCACGCCAAGGUGCGCACCAACCGCAACCUGUUCGUGGUCAACCUGAGCGUCUCGGACACGGCGCUGUGCCUCUUCUGCAUGCCCUUCACGGUGUACUCGCUGACGCGCAAGACCUGGCCGCUGGGUGAGCUACUCUGCAAGCUGGUGCCCUGCUUCCAGAGUGCCACCGUCUUCGUGUCGGCGGCCACCGUGUCGGCCAUCGCGUUCGACCGCCACCAGACCGUGGUGGCUGUGAACGUGCAGCGACCAGAGGACAGUCGCCGACGGGUCGCCUGGUACAUGGCUGCCAUCUGGAUCUUCUCGGUGGCGCUCUCGCUGCCAAUGUGCCUGUCGCAGAGCCUCCAGAAGGUGGGCUUGUCGCGCCGAUACAUGUACGAGAAGUGCGUCGAGCAGUGGCCCUCGCCCGGCGCCAAGCAGCUCUACACCCUGGUCACCCUUCUCAUUCAGUUCGUGAUACCCACCACGGCACUGGUGGUCACGCACUUCCGCAUCAAGUCGCACCUGAGCUGCUCGGCCGCCUCGGCGCCGGGAGGCUCGACCACGGCGCCUGACAAGCGCGGCUACUCGGAGCGCCUGCAACGCGAACUGCGCCGCAACCGGCGCGCCACCAUGGUGCUGCUCAACGUGUCCGUCGUGUUCGCCGUCUCGUGGCUUCCCUGGAACGCCAUGAACCUGCUGACCGACUUCCACCUGGAGGGCAUCUCACCGCAGCGGCUGUACCUCAUCUUCGCGGUGUGCCACAUGAUCGCCAUGAGCAGCGCCACCACGAACCCCAUCAUGUACGGCUGGCUCAACACGAACAUUCGCCGCGAGCUGCUGGGCGUGCGCAACCGCGUUGGGCUCGUCUUCAGCACGCUGCGCGCCUCCAACAGCGAGAACAACCUGCACACGUCCAUGGACGACAACAGCCGCACGGCCGUCACUGUCGACAAGAGCCGCUUAUGACGUGUCCCGCUCGGCUACCGGCGGCGCUCGUCGGCCGCGUCGUCGGUGUAGGCCUGACUCGGUUCUUGAGACAAUAACGUGAUCCACGCGUUACCUGGAAAGAACUCGGACCGCCGGUCACCGCGUGUUGCUCCGAUUGUUGCUCCGAUUGUGAAUGGCGCGAAUGCCAAGUGCGUGGCUGCUUCCUGACGGCAUAGAACCCGCCUGGUUCUACAGACGCUGUUACGUGGGCUACCGAACUCCGCGGCAUGAACUCCGCCGUUGCGUAGAGGAACCGCAAAUAUGCGCCCAUUUUAAUGGGAGGACAGUGUAGCUUCGGAGUGGAUAUUAUUGCGUCCCAUGCCACUACUGGCCGAACAGAGCGUGAAAGCGGCUCUGUGCAUCGCGUCGUUGGACACUGUAGUCGUGGCGACCGCAUUGUUCUUGUUUCUCUGUUUCUCUCGAGCUUCUAUCCAGCCACCAUUUGCCGUGACCGUCGUCUUUACACGAAGCACUUGUUUUAUCUGCACCAAGUGCGAGGCGUGUAUACAGCGCCUCUGUGCGCCCAAGUGGUCUCGACGCUAAGUUGUACCUUUGAAAGAUAAAUAAUCGCGCUCGUCAAGUGCCAGUGAUGUAUUGUACCCAUGAACGGAGGGGGGGAGGGGGGGGGGGGCUCAAUAGUCGAGCAAUUUGCGUGAAAUUGUCACUGUCUAAACCAUAAGGACGCUGCAUAACUUGACUUGUGUCACUUCACUGUUUACAAACUAGUCGUCGCAUAUAAAACCCGCCCACUCAAGAGAAAUUUUCAGCGAUUACGCUGUCCUGUGCUCUUUAUAUACCGUCGUCCUCGUUGUGUCCAUCCUUCAUAUGAAUCGCAUUCAAAGAAGAAAAAGAGAAUCGUAUUGUUAGCACAGUACAUCCAGUUCAUAUGUGUAAAGAUGUGAAGGGCUAUUCACUGGCGGCACUGGGGCCGAUCUUCAGCCCGAAUCGUUAUUGCCAGACACCAAGUGCGCGCUCUACCUGACUGCUAAGCCCAUAUCGCAGGGCAGGGCUUCUUAAGUAUGUGAUUACACGUAAAGCUUGCCCUCUUUCAAUGAGUUUGUCUACUUUAUUCCUCGUUUCCCAAUUAGCGGAAUCGAACAACAUUAGUGGAAUCGAACAACGGACUGCGGCGCUUCUGAACAGCGGCGAAUGCAAUACAAAGAUUAACGGAGAACCAAAACACACGUUCAUUAAAUAAAGAGAAGGCAUCGGUGGAAUAAUGGCAAAUGCUUGAUAAAAUGUCUCGAUGUCACCUUUACACAUAUACGCUGUAAUGCGGUAGUAUCACGAAAAACAACAACUCGCUUUGAUUUCUCUGGAGGCAGACGUACUAUCAUUCUUGUACAAAAGCGUAAAGUAGCAAAACAAGCGGAUCUGUAACGCUCAGAAUGGUAUCGUCGGGAAGUCCUCAAAACAUGUUUGGCGCGGCAUUGGUUCCUGUGGUAGCAGAGGUCAAGUGCGCACUUUACGAUGACGAGGCGGCGGCGACGGCCGAGUUUUUGAGCACCGACGAAUAGUGUCUUUGGUUACGUCUAGCAUCGCAUAUGCUCGCACUUUCAUAACUAAGCGUCCGAGACGCAGGAGACAUCUGCGUAUAGUCGGCGACCAUACAACGGACGCACGCGACCGACGCGUGCGCGCGCUCCAUAGUUGCAUCACCCAUUGUCGAAAGUUCCUUCUUUGUGGCGCUUCCGUGCUUUCACGCGACAGGAACAAGCACGUACAGAGCCGACGCCGCAACGGCGUGGGUGCGUUAGCGACAGGCGCGCCUGCCCUUCGGAAACCAUCGGCAGAGUGCGUAAAUUGAAGUACUCGCGGGACGCGUCAUGCACUCGUCGUUAGUAUACGCUUCGCGUGGGUCCUGCCGAGGCCGUCCUUUCUCUUGUUUAUUUUCGUCGCUCUUCUUCUUUUCCUUUUUUUUUUUUGCCACACCAUUUCUUCCGGCGGUAAAAUAUAUAAAGAGGAGCUCGCUCGCAGCUCAAGCUGUGCGCCUUUGCGUCAACCCUAAAUUAUCGUGGACGUUUGUUCAGCGUCGAUGCAUACGAAAAUGUUCUUUCUUACUUUUUCUUUUUUCGGGGGAGAAGCGCGACGUGCUUCUUUGCGCUGCUCCGACGUAUAUAGGCUUGGCUGGAAUUGGAUGUGGCGCUUGACGAAAUACCUCCCGCUGAGGCGAAGUUUCGCACCAUGUUUCGAGCCAGUCUCUAAUGUUCCCAUUCUUCGGGCAUGCAUAGUGACAUUUAUUUAAAUUAGCCACUUCCGGCAGUUUACGGUUACGUUAGACUUACUAAAGAACGCUUUGUUUAUUCGUGUAUAUUUGACGCACGUUAUUUUCUACAACUGUGCACGACUCGCGCGAUAGAUGUUUGCACUCUAUAGUACUGCAUGCACCUCUAUAUGCCGUAGAAUUUUGGCGUUCUCGAACCAAGCGUAAACCUUCAAAAAAAAAAAAAAAAAGGCCUGACUUUGGAGUCCUCGCAAAGCUGUCCACUUAAGUGUCACUCUAUAAAUUCCAGCCUAACAACGACGCGGUAUGCGGAGAUUUGGCUACAAUAAUGCAAUAAAGCAGCCGCUCACCUGCUAUUCUCCUAGUAUCAGCGGUCAGACGAAUUACACAAAUGUCCUGAAAGCGCAAAAUUUCUGCCUCGAAAGUGGAGUGACACCAUUCUCAACGACUUCCACCAAACGGUGAAGGCAAACCUAUUCAGGACACGUAUCCGAAAAGUUAGAAGUUCGGAUACUGCGUAAGGACCUCCGAGAGUCACUGACUGUACAUUUCUCUCUUUUUAUCAUUUUAAAUCGCGUUGUAAGAUGUCAAUCGUGCAGGAACAAAACUUCUUCGAUUAAAAUGUGAAGUUGUAAUUUUACUUCCACCCCUGCGCCAAUAAGCUCCGUUAAUCGUCAACUUUACUAUCGCUGUCGCCUAGCCCAAGAAUAUGUCGCCCUGUUGGCUUUAACCUAUAACCAAUAGUGAUGCCAAAGAAUAAAUAGAGACAGCGAAAAGGAGAUAAACAGGCAGCACAAAAAAGAACGAACAAAACAGGACCGUCGUCCUAGACCAUUGGCCGAAGCUUGUUUAUUUUUUGGUGCUUCGUAAGCAUACAUUGCAAAAAGCGUUAUCACAGUACUUGACUCGAGAAAGGGU